AUGACUUAUGAAGCGCGUAAUCUUCUUAACUAUGAAAAUUCAAUUAAACUACCAUCAUCUGAAGAUUUUACUAUUGAUUAUAGUGAUGCUAAAUUAAAUUUAAAAUUACUUAAUAAAUAUUUUGAAGUAAAUACACUUGAUGAAAUACUUGUACGUCGUCGAAAUGAAUUUAAAACACGUACAGAACAUUUACAAAAACGUAAAGAAGCCUUAUAUGAAAGAGAAAUUAUGUUUAAAGAAAGAAUUCUUAGUUAUGAAAUAUAUAUUAAAGAAUUAUCAAUGAAACAUGAUCGAUCAUUACGUCGAAUUGAUGAUGAAAAAAAUUUUAUUAAAAAUAAACAAAUUGAAAUUAAUCUACUAAAUCAAGAAAUCGAACAAAUACAAGAUGAAAAUAAAAAAUUCGAAAAUAUUAUUCUUCAAUAUCAACCUCAUUUAAAUCUUCUUACACAAAUUGUUGAUCAAACUGAUCGAUUUCAAUCAAUUGAUGAAAUGAUUGAAAAAUUUAAUAUGCUUUAUGCUAGUUAUCAAGAUAUUCUUACAAUUAUUAAAAAUUCUAAUGAAGAAUUAAAUGAUGUACAACGACAAUUAUUAUUAAUAAUUGAAAAAAAAAAUAAUAAAAUAUCUUCAAUGAAUAAUCAUAUACGAGAAUUACAACAAAAUCUUAUUGAAAUUCAACAACAUAUUGAUAAAAUUCAAACUGAAAUUAAUAAUUAUCAACAAAUAUCAAUAGAACAUUUAACAGAAAUUGGUACAAUUAAAAUUGCUAUUGAAUCAAUGUUUGAUUUAGUAAAAAGAUAUAGUCAUCGUUGUAGAAAAAAAGAUUUAAAUCUUGAUAAAUAUUCACAUAUGAAUGAUAAUCAAUGUUUAUUUAUUAAAUUAAAACAAAUUGAUACAUUUCUUAGUGAUUUGAAUUAUUAUGUCGAUUAUGUUAAUAAUAAACAAAAUAAAAUUUUAUCAAAUAGAUAUUCAAUUAAUAAUGAUAAUCUAAAAAUUAAAUCAAAAAUUAGUUUAAAUCCAAUCACAGAUAAUAUUAAUGAUAAUAAUCAAUGGCGUGGUCCAUGUCAAAUAGAUCGACAACAAACAUUAAUUACAACAAUUGAUAAACAUUCACAACAACCAUAUAUUUCAUAUAAAGUUCGAGGUGAAGAUAAUAUAUUAUAUACAAUUGAAAUAAUAAACAUUAAUAAAUCAAAUACUUCUCAACCACGUAAUAGUAUAUCACCAAAUAGAUCAUCAAUAUCAAUGAUAUCAAAUAAUAAAGGAAGGAAAAGUAGUACACUUCGAACAUCUAUAUCAAAAUUACGAAAAAGUACUGAUAUACAAUUACAAUCAUUAACAACUCAAAGUACACGUACUAGUUUCAAAUUAACUAAUGAACAGUAUAAUAAUGAAAAAAUACCUUUUUCUGACACGGAUUUAUUUCAUUGA